GCGGAGGGGGAGGGUCACGGCAAUUCUACAGCGAUCGGUGACGGCGCGGGACGGGUUUGGGAGUGCAGGACAGCGGCGGCGCUGGGGGCUCUUCUCUUGUCACUGCGACCGCCAUGAAGUCGGUCUGGGGGCUCGCUCUGGCGUUUGUGCUGCUCCUGGCCGCGUCUGUCAGAGCCGAUGAGGUGGAUGUAGAUGGGACCGUGGAAGAUGACUUGGGCAAAAGCAGAGAAGGGUCUCGAACGGAUGAUGAAGUUGUUCAGAGAGAGGAAGAAGCUAUCCAGCUAGAUGGCCUAAAUGCAUCCCAGAUCAAAGAAAUCAGAGAAAAAUCUGAGAAGUUUGCAUUUCAAGCAGAAGUGAACAGAAUGAUGAAGCUAAUUAUCAAUUCUUUAUAUAAAAAUAAAGAGAUUUUCCUGCGGGAACUUAUUUCAAAUGCAUCAGAUGCUUUAGAUAAGAUACGGUUGAUAUCAUUAACUGAUGAAAAUGCUCUUGCUGGCAAUGAGGAACUUACAGUCAAAAUCAAGUGCGAUAAAGAGAAGAACAUGCUUCAUGUUACAGACACGGGUAUUGGCAUGACAAAGGAGGAGUUAGUUAAAAACCUGGGUACCAUUGCAAAGUCUGGUACGAGUGAAUUCUUAAACAAGAUGACUGAAAUGCAGGAUGAUAGCCAGUCAACAUCUGAGUUAAUUGGCCAGUUUGGUGUUGGCUUUUAUUCUGCUUUCUUAGUAGCAGACAGAGUUAUUGUCACAUCAAAACACAACAAUGAUACUCAGCAUAUUUGGGAGUCAGAUUCAAAUGAAUUCUCUGUGAUCAAUGACCCAAGAGGGAACACCUUAGGACGUGGCACAACCAUAACCCUUGUCUUGAAGGAGGAAGCAUCUGAUUACCUUGAGCUGGACACUGUUAAAAAUCUAGUGAAGAAAUACUCCCAGUUCAUAAACUUCCCCAUAUAUGUGUGGAGCAGCAAAACAGAGACUGUUGAAGAACCCAUUGAAGAGGAGGACGCAAAGGAGAAAGAAGAAGAAAUGGAUGAUGAGGCAGCAGUUGAAGAAGAGGAGGAAGAUAAGAAACCAAAAACUAAAAAGGUUGAGAAGACCGUCUGGGAUUGGGAGCUCAUGAAUGACAUAAAACCAAUCUGGCAGAGACCAUCUAAAGAAGUUGAAGAAGAUGAAUACAAAGCCUUUUACAAAACCUUUUCAAAGGAACAUGAUGACCCAAUGGCAUAUAUCCACUUCACUGCUGAAGGGGAAGUAACUUUCAAAUCCAUCUUGUUUGUUCCUAAUUCUGCUCCACGUGGACUGUUUGAUGAAUAUGGAUCCAAAAAAAGUGAUUUCAUUAAGCUGUAUGUUCGAAGAGUGUUCAUCACUGAUGACUUCCAUGACAUGAUGCCCAAGUAUCUUAAUUUCGUUAAAGGUGUUGUGGAUUCUGAUGAUCUUCCUUUGAAUGUAUCCCGUGAAACACUUCAGCAGCAUAAAUUGUUAAAGGUGAUCAGAAAGAAACUUGUUCGCAAAACUCUUGAUAUGAUCAAGAAAAUUGCAGAGGAAAAAUACAAUGACACGUUCUGGAAAGAGUUUGGCACCAAUGUGAAGCUUGGUGUUAUUGAGGAUCACUCCAAUCGUACCCGGCUCGCUAAACUUCUGCGCUUCCAGUCUUCUCAUCAUGAAAGUAACCUCACAAGCCUUGAUCAGUAUGUGGAAAGAAUGAAAGAGAAGCAAGACAAAAUCUAUUUCAUGGCUGGUGCCAGCAGAAAGGAGGCUGAGUCCUCACCAUUUGUUGAGCGUCUGCUGAAAAAGGGCUAUGAAGUGAUCUAUCUGACUGAACCUGUAGAUGAAUACUGUAUUCAGGCUUUACCAGAGUUCGAUGGCAAAAGGUUUCAGAAUGUAGCAAAAGAAGGAGUUAAGUUUGAGGAAAGUGAAAAGUCUAAAGAGAGUCGGGAAGCCUUGGAAAAGGAAUUUGAGCCUCUCUUAAACUGGAUGAAAGACAAAGCUCUCAAAGACAAGAUUGAGAAAGCUGUGCUCUCUCAACGUUUAACUCAAUCUCCAUGUGCUCUUGUGGCUAGUCAGUAUGGAUGGUCUGGUAACAUGGAAAGAAUCAUGAAGGCUCAAGCUUACCAGACUGGGAAGGAUAUAUCUACAAAUUAUUAUGCCAGCCAAAAGAAGACAUUUGAAAUUAACCCCAGGCAUCCACUGAUCAAGGACAUGCUGAGGAGAGUCAAGGAAAAUGAAGAUGACAAAACUGUUUCAGAUCUUGCAGUGGUAUUGUUUGAAACUGCAACUCUGAGAUCAGGAUAUAUGUUGCCUGACACUAAGGAAUAUGGGGACAGAAUAGAAAGGAUGCUUCGUUUGAGUUUAAACAUUGACCUGGAUGCAAAGGUGGAUGAGGAACCUGAAGAGCCUGAAGAUGCAACUGAGGAGGCAGAGCAGGAUGAAGAGGAACUGGAUGCUGAUGCUGAGGACAGUGAAACACAGAAGGUAGCGUCUCAGGAAUCCACAGAUGUGAAAGAUGAACUGUAAACUGCACUCAACUACUGUCCUGCAUUGGGGGGUUAGGAGGGAUUGUGAAUUAGAUUGUUUUGGGAUUUUUUUCCACUGUAAAAUGUUACAGGGGUGGUACGGGGUUUUAAGGGUAAAGGAUGUCUUUUUUUUUUAAGUUCACUUUUCUAAAAACAUUCCUCAUGAAUGUAAAUUUGUAUUAUUUAACUGACUUGGUGUAAAAUCUUGUCAUGUACAAAAUAAAAUGUUCCCAAACACCACCAACUCUAAAUGUAUACAUAGCAGAAAGAAAUGGGUGUUCAGGUCCUCUGUGCAAAACAGGCUCUUUGGCAAUCCUUGCACUUUCCCUUGCUGGCACAGCCACACCUACUUGUAGCAUCUGCCUGUGGCUGGGAUUUACAUUUACAAACCUGCUGUGUUGCUGCUAAAUACACCUGGUAGCCGAGAGCUGUACUAAACUUGCUAAUUGAAAUAAGACUUUGAGUUAGGUAUCUCCAGCAAGCCUGAGAAAGAGGAGAUAGGUUGUUCAAAAAUGGCAUUGGAAAUGAAGCUGACAGCUUGUGCUGGACUCUAUGAGUUGUCUCCAUAGGAUAGGCAGCAGAAGCUUUACAGAUGAGGGGAGGAAAAACAUUUCCUUUCACUAACUGUGGACAACUACCAUCAGAACUGUCUUACUACCUAUGAGCUGGUACCAUCCUGCAUGGCACUUGGAAACCCUGCCUUUGACUUGUGUAGCUACAGCAGUUCUGUUUUCUACAAGCUUUUUUAAAGGUGGACGUUCUUUUCACACAUUCUUAAUGCUGUUACUCCUAAAUGUUUUCACACUUGUUCUUGGUCUCUUAUGGCAAAGUAUAGUAGUUACCUAAUGUUACUGAAGCUAAACCUGGUUAAUUUUAGACAUGUUGAGCUUCCAUUCAUUAUGUUAGCUUUAUGAAGUGGUUUUCUCACUAGUGCCUCUACUUGAAAACAUCUUCACAGACUUGGUAAAAAGUGUUUACAGUGAGGAUUUGGGAAAUUUUUUUUUUGCCUUCCCCUUUGGAAGAAGGACAUAGGAAUGGUGCUUCUGCGCAGUGAUUCUACUUAAGAACCAAUCUUUUCUGUUUUGUUAGCAGAACGUCUGUGAAGUUACAAGUUUCUGCAGUCUGAAGCAAAAAAAGCUUUCUUACUAGGUGAGGGCACUAAACACUGACCUGAAGCACUUGCUUUCCAUUUACUAGGCUUCUGUAUUGCCCAGAAUAUGCCAUGUAUGAGUGUGAUUGUUAUGUCAAGAUUUUAGAGUUAGAUUGCAGUCUGAGAUGUCAAGGAAAGGAAGCUUAGUUUGGGGUGUUCUCAAGGGAGUCUGAGGGGGAGCCUCGAGGGUUCUCGAGGGAGUCUCUGGCUUCUGCUCACUGCAGUGGUAUCCUAGAGAAGAGCCUUUUGUUAUUGGCCCAGGCUGAAUGGUCUAACAGGAGUUUCAGCACCUGCCACUGUCAGCUUUAGAAUCAGCCUUUGGCACUAAGUUACUAAAUGGCAGAAAGGACAUAUCCCCUUACUCUAGCAGUGAAACUGUGCUCUGUAGCAAUCAACCUCUUAAAGUAUCACUUAUUUUCAGUGAUACACAGAAAUGUAUCAUUACUACCCAUAUAUCUCUAUUGGACCUGUGAGUAACAAAGGUAGCUCCCACUUCCUGUAUGGUUUGGAGGUUUAGUUUGUUUGCCCAACAAACUAAAGGGGAAGGGUGGCCUCCUCCAGUACUUUUAAUCUGUAAGUUACUUGUAGAUUUAAGCAAACCUAGUUCUGUUGUAUAGCUGAAGUUCUCGUUGCUUUGGUUGGUUUGAGGGUGACAAAACUGAUCAAAUUUCAGAAAUAAUAAAGAGCAUAGUUGAGA